AUGUCUGAGCAGGAGGAGAAAUUUGAUGCUCAGGAUUUAACGGAUACAUCCCAAGGAAGCCACGAGGCUUUUCAGACUGUCAAUAUUCCAGUUUCCACAGAAGACCUUCUGGAGUCAGAUCAGAAUGAAGAUCAAAAUGUCUCUGAGCUGGUGUCAUCCAGUGAUGGCCGGGAAACACGUGCUGAAUUGCGUAGUAACUCCAGCCCACACAGCUACGUAAGCCUGGAGGGAGAAGAUGAAGAAUCAUUUAUGGAAGAGGCUGUUCCGCCCAUCCGAGUAUCAUAUACUUCAGCAAGUGAUGACAAGCAGAGUUUAACCAAAUCGGAUAAUGCAGAGCAGCCCUCCACACAACAUUCAGAUGAGAAUCUGGUAUUUCUGGAUAAAGUUAAGACCAUAAAGGAGUCUUUGAAAUCAUCAAGGCAAGAUUCUUCAGCAACAGUAAAAAUUGUGCUUCUUCCUGUGGCCCAGGAAAUUAUAAUGUCUUUUAGAGUUGAAAUCUUGUUUAAACACCUCAAGGAUUAUUUUUCAAACUUGUUAAAUAUUCCAUCUGAUAAACUGCAGAUGACAUCUUCAGGAAUAAUUCUAAAAAAUAACGAGACUCUACUAGAACACGGAGUUAAGCCCCAGGAAAUUGUGCAAGUGGAAAUCACUUCUACAGAUCCAGAUGUAUAUCCUAUCAAAAGAAUAGCUAGGCUAAGCAAUGGAUCUCAGAUCAUAACUGUCCGAGUAGAAACUGGCGUUGAUCAGCAUCAGGAUGUAGCUGUUGAGAUUGUAAAAUCUGACUUUCACAAACCAUUUGUUGGUGGAUUCAGACAUAAGAUAACAGGGAUAGAAUAUUACAAUGCUGGGACACAAACUGUACCUAAAAAGAUUCAUGGAAAAGUCAAUGUAUUCUCUAGGAAUACCCAGACAGUUUCUGAGAGAAAAAAGUUCCAACAAACUGCAAAUACAACAUCCACACAGAUGACUAAAAUUGGUGUGUACGUAUCAAAUAUGACAGAUAAACUGGUCAUACCAGGAAGAUAUUUUACAGCUGCAGAAUACCAUGCUCAAAGGUUGCAAGCGGUCAUAGUGUUACAGACUUACUACAGGCGAUGGCAUGCUAAAGUCGAGGUGGAAGAGUUAAGGAGACAGAAAAAGUUGAGGCUGAAGUGGGAAUUUGAAGAGGAAAUAAGGAAGAUAAGAGAAAAAGAGGAAUGGAUGAAAAUGGACUAUUACCGGAGGCAUAAUCCUAAAACAAAAGAAGAUUUUGAGCUUCUUUAUAAUGCGCUGGAACUAUGGCGUCAAGAAGAAUGCGCGCGCAUUGACCAGCUUUUCACUGGAGCUGAAAGGAAAGCACACUUAUGUGAACUUCUGGAGAAAGAGUCUCAGAUCAUUGCUUCCAUCGGGAGACAUAGAGUCAUCGCAGGCCAGGAGAACCAGGAAACAUCGAUACAAACUUUUUUGGAUAAGUGCUCAGCUCCAAAGAUAUGGCGAACACAUUCUGGAAAAAUAAUUGAGAUGGAUACCCAGUUCACCAUCAGAGCCAGAGAGCUGCAAAGCAUCUAUGAUUGCAUUAUGCUGAGAAACAUCUCUCAGGAUGAGAGGUUGGAUGUACUCUUAACACUUAAACACACUGUGAAGGAGCAUGAAUGUAAACUGACUCAAGAAAUUCUAGAACUGAUUGACAGAGAGGUUGACCUUAUGAUGAGAGGAGUCAAACCUUAUAAUCUUGAAGGGCUCAGGAAACGGAUCACAACGCUCUUUCUUCAUUAUAUCAAAACACCUCUAUUUAAUCCUGAAGUUGCAAGAUAUCUUAAGGUCCCUCAAGACCCAAUGAAGUUUUAUAAGAAGAUUUACUUCUGCCGCAGCUGCCAGCUCUAUCUGCCUUCGACGGAGUUCUCCAUCUCAUCCACCUCACAGCGCAUCUACAAGUGUCGCCAAUGCAACAGCCUCGACAAUGAGAGUCGAAAACGGGAGUCGUUUUUGAAGUACAAAUGUUUACUACAAAGGCUCUACUUUUCAGAAGCCAAUUACGACGAUGAUUCUACAAUUGCUUACCUGAUGCAGCUGCAAGAUAUUCAGUACCUGGUAGAGAAUAUCUGGGCGUCCCAGUCGGUGCUCAGUGCUUGGGAUGACCUCUAUGACCUGGUCAUGGUCAGGUGGGAGAAGGCCUUGCAGUGGUCCCCCUGGAACUGCAUUCUUCUAACCAAAAAUGAAGCUGCUGCUCAUCUCAAACUACCAAGUACUGAAGAGGGAUACGAACCCUUGUUUAUUCACAAGAUCAAGCACAAACACAUCCUGGCUAAGAACUAUUUUUCUCAGAUCCUACCGCUAGCUUCAUUCUUACUGGAUGAUGAGGACGUGGAUGAGAUCAGGAAGAAGUACCACCCGCAAACAUCACCUAAGAUCAUAGAAUCCAAGACACCUUCUUGA